AUGACUCUAUUCCAAGUGACAGAAGAGUUGAAGCAACUCCUCCUGCUGUCAGACUACCCCGAUGCAAAAAAGGUCCUGCUUGCUUCCAAAGACACUAUCACACAUGCUCAACUAGUGGACUUUUACCAAGAAUGUCACCCCACGCCUUCGUUGCUAGGCUUGAUCCGCAAAUCCAAAUUGGUCAUACCACGGUACGAAACAAGCGAAAGGCCGAAAACUAAGGAGUUCGUGAGGCAGAUGGAAAGGCUCAGGGUGGAAGCUCGGGAGCAGGAGUACAAGAGGUUGGUGAAUAAAACACCCGAAUUCGGGACCUUGUAUGAAAACACCGACCAGGAAUAUAUCAGCCCGGCAAAAGCACACAAGGAAUUGAAGAACCAGUUGACCACCAUUGUGAAUAUCGGCGUGAGCGUGGGGAGUGUUUCAUAUGCAAUCUGGUACUGGACCGGCUCGUCGUGGGGUUUGAAAGAAAGCUACCGCGCCUUGCUCACAAUCUUUUUUGGACUAUUGAUACUUGUAGCCGAGGUUGUCGUAUACAUGGGAUAUAUCAACAAGAUUGAAGAAGCAAAGGCUAAAGAACAUUCGAAAAGGGAAGUAAAGAAAGUACUACGAAGUUUUGAUUUGAACAAACAAAACUAA